CCCGGCCGGCCCUCGCUGCGGCCCAGGGCCCAUUGUCCGGCGGUCCGUCUGUCCGGAGGCGGGGCCCAGGGAGCCGGAGAGCCGCGGAGCGCUGAGGCGCCGGAUACAAAUCACUUGGAUUCAGUCGAGUUUACUUUGCUCCGUGGGAACUGCACCAGAGCUGGAGGUCUGAAAAAGAACUGUGUUUGAUAUGCAGAUAUGAUAGAAGACUGCCUGAAAGCUGCUUCCUUUGCCACUUCCUGUGGAGGCCUGUCUUUGCCAUUUGCGGUUUCUUUCUUCUUUUGGUAAGGGAAGGCAGGAUCUGAUUACAGGUUUGAGGUCCUUGCUAGCUACACAGAUGAGUUAGUUGGCAUAACAGGAGGUGAGUCUUCAUUAACUGGAGUGCAAAGUACAGCUAGUAGUUGCCUCUUAAGGCAAUAAGCUACAAUUUCAUAUUUACUUAUUCAAUGUGAGUAUAAUUCAAGAAGGCAAGAACUGAAAGAAAACUUAGAGGGUGACCAGAUCCACAUUCCUGUCUUUGGUAGGAUAGAGAAUCCAUCUCUUUUUAUUCUAUAUCUGUUUGUUCAUUCACUCUAUAUUUUUGAAGAAAAUGUGACAGCUUGCAUUACUAAUCCAUUCAGAUUCUCUAACAAAGCUAUGGCUGGGACAGUCUUUCUUGUCAUUAAACUAGGAAUCUCCAAGCUUAAGUAUCUUAAGUCCCCUUCUGUAUCAGGGGGCAAUGCAUGUCUCUGCAGCACUUUGCAUUAGGGAAGCUUUUCUCUUUGUUCCUUCCACUGUAUUCUUUGCUACCCAGAGGCUGAAUUGAGAAGAGGCUCUAAAGUUAUUAACUUUGAGUACUUCUCUGGAACACGUGAACAGGGCCAGGUUGGUGUUUCGCAUUGGGGUGUUGAAUUAGUACUGAACAAUGUGGAUGGCAUGUGACUCUUCUGAUGAGAGCCCAUCUUCAACACUGGAAGUUUGAUUUACUGUAAUGCCCUGUCAUCACUGUGCCUGCAUCAUUAGGUAGAGGCUCUAUUUCCUGUACUGUUUUCAUUUACAGAUGCCUAAGAGUUCUGGGAUAUUCCUCACAAGAAUGUGAUGCCUUUGUUACCUCUAGACAAGAUAAUUUCUUGAAAAAAUGUCUGGAGGUUCCCACUGGUGCAGCUUGCAUGGCUGGACUUUUAGUGGGCAUGUGACAUCUAAACUGCCACCCUGUUUGGCUUCCUUUUGCUUCCUUUUACAAUUCAUGGGGGUUAUCCCUUUGAGCCCACAGUUCUUCUAACCCUGGCUGCCUGAAUUUUGUUUCCUUUUCUGUCCUGUGACCUUGAUCAUGAUCACUUAACAGUAUUCUGGAUUCCAAAGAUGAAUUUAGAGUGGAACUCUCUAAAUCCUGUGAAGGAGUCCUCUCUUAAACUUCUUGGACCUUGACAUAGUGCUAGAGAUUUAUUCGUUUCUUUCCUUCUUUUGUUCAACUAUUUAUAACUGGUGAGUUUUAUGAGCUCGGGAGCUAUCUUUAGAGUCUUUUUAUCUUAUAAUUUUAUAUAAUUUCUGGGGAAAAUAACAUGUACCAACAACGUCCUUUUUAUUUUAUUUUUUUAACAGUAUUCUUUUUUUAUUGUAGGUUAGCACCUUGCAAGGAGGUAGUAACAUAUCCAGUUGUGAAACUGGGAAAGGCCAGAGCUCUCAGAUCAGGGAAACAUGUCCCGUCGGAAACAGACAAAUCCAAAUAAAGUUCACUGGGAUCAAGUAUUUGCUGGGCUAGAAGAGCAAGCCCGCCAGGCGAUGAUGAAAACUGAUUUUCCUGGAGACCUUGGCAGUCAGCGACAAGCUAUCCAACAACUAAGAGAUCAGGACUCCAGUAGCAGUGAGUUCUGCACCUUCUGUGAGGGUGAUGAAGAGGAGACCACACAAGAUGAAGUCUCUUCCCACACAUCAGAGGAAGAUGGAGGGGUGGUCAAAGUGGAAAAAGAGUUAGAAAAUGCAGAGCAGCCUGUUGGUGGGAACGAAGUGGUAGAGCAUGAGGUCACAGAGAAUUUGAAUUCUGACCCUUUGCUUGAACUCUGCCAGUGUCCCCUCUGCCAGCUAGACUGUGGAAGUCGGGAGCAGCUGAUCGCUCACGUAUACCAGCACACUGCAGCAGUGGUGAGCGCCAAGAGCUACAUGUGUCCUGUGUGUGGCCGGGCCCUUAGCUCCCCAGGGUCCUUGGGUCGCCACCUCCUAAUCCAUUCGGAGGACCAGCGGUCUAACUGUGCUGUGUGUGGAGCCCGUUUCACCAGCCAUGCCACUUUUAACAGUGAGAAACUUCCUGAAGUACUUAAUAUGGAAUCCCUAGCCCCAGCCCACAGUGAGGGCCCCUCCAAUGCUGAGGGGAAGGACACUGCCUUUAGUCCUCCGGUGUACCCUGCUGGAAUUCUGCUUGUGUGCAACAACUGUGCUGCCUACCGUAAGCUCCUGGAAGCCCAGACCCCCAGCGUGCGCAAGUGGGCCCUCCGUCGACAGAAUGAGCCUUUGGAGGUACGGCUUCAGAGGCUGGAACGAGAGCGCACAGCCAAGAAGAGCCGGCGGGACAAUGAGACCCCUGAGGAACGGGAGGUGAGACGCAUGAGGGACCGCGAAGCCAAGCGCCUGCAGCGCAUGCAGGAGACAGACGAGCAGCGGGCGCGCCGACUGCAGCGGGAUCGCGAGGCCAUGAGGCUGAAGCGGGCCAAUGAAACCCCAGAGAAGCGGCAGGCCCGGCUCAUCCGAGAGCGAGAGGCCAAACGGCUCAAGAGGCGGCUGGAGAAAAUGGACAUGAUGUUGCGAGCUCAGUUUGGCCAGGACCCUUCUGCCAUGGCAGCCUUAGCAGCUGAAAUGAACUUUUUCCAGCUACCUGUGAGUGGGGUAGAGUUGGACAGCCAACUUCUGGGCAAGAUGGCCUUUGAAGAGCAGAACAGCAGCACUCUGCACUGAAUCAUACCCUCCUGCCUGCCCUCCUACCCACCCACCCACCCACCCAAGCCCACGGAUCAGUGCUCCAGCCAUCCACAAGGUCCCGUCUUUGCUGCCAUAGGCAGGCCCAGGUUUGUUGCAGGUGGACCUGUGCACCCCUUGCAUGUGGGAGCAGGAUGAUGGGGGUCGGGGGACCCAGCUCAAGGCAGCUCUGGAGAUGGCAGCAGGCAUUCCAGAGAACUGGACUCCCCAGCCCACUGCUGCAGGCCGUUCUUAUAGGACUGUGGGGCCCCAGUGUGGCCCAUGAAGUUGUGAGGGCAAAUAAAUUAAUUUUAUCUUUA